AUGAGAUUCUUCAUUAUUUUCCCUCUUGUUUUUCACAUCCUGUGUUUGCUUGCACUCUCACAAACAAACAAAGAAGAAGCUGAAGCUCUCUUACAAUGGAAGAUCAAUGGCUUAUCAUCAUCAUCUACUUCUUUACUGGAUUCUUCCUGGUCAGUCAACAACAUCACAAAUGUGUGCAAUUGGGAAGGAAUCAUCUGUAACAAGGGUGGAUCUGUCUCAGAGCUCAAUCUACCUCAUGAGAGCAUAAGAGGUACACUUGAACCAUUCCGUUUUUCCUUACUUCCUAAUCUUACUCGCAUCAAUCUCAAGAACAAUAGUUUGAGCGGAGUGAUCCCAUCUGCUAUCACCACCCUCCUUAAGCUCACUUUUCUGGACUUGAGCAAUAACAACUUCACGGGUGCAAUACCGGCAGAGGUUGGACAAUUGACACAGCUUCAAUACUUGAGCUUUUUCAGAAACUGUUUGACCGGUGUUAUUCCAUUUGAAGUUAGCAAUCUUCAAAAUUUGAGGUAUCUGGAUCUAGGAGUGAAUAAUCUGGAAACUCCUGAUUGGUCCAAAUUCCGCGGUAUGCCUUCGUUGACACAUCUCAAUCUCCGCUAUAAUAAGCUCACUUUGGAUUUCCCAAAACACUGGAUAGAAAAUUGCACAAAUCUUUCUUAUCUUGAUUUGUCAAAAAACCAUUUUACUGGCCAAAUCCCUAAGUUUGCGUUUUCCAAGCUACAAAACUUGGAGCAUCUUGAUCUCAUAGACAAUUUAUUCCAAGGACCACUUCCCUCCAGUCUUGCCAACUUGACCAAACUUAAACUUCUUCGCCUUUCAAAUAACAACCUUUCUGGCACAAUUCCUGAUGAAAUUGGUUCCAUUAUUAGUCUUCGGGUCCUAAAACUUUUCAAUAAUUCAUUUCAUGGGAGGAUUCCACCUUCCAUAGGAAAUCUAAAACAUCUUCAAUAUCUUGCUCUUGGAAGGAAUCUACUGAAUUACACAAUUCCUUCUGAACUUGGCCUGUGCACAAAUCUUGAGAACUUGUAUCUACACAAUAACUUUCUUACAGGAGAAUUGCCUGCUACCAUGUCCAAUCUCUCCAAGCUAGUUAUGUUACAGCUACAAUUUAAUAAUCUCUCAGGUCUGUUAUUGCCACAACUCAUUGUCAACUGGACACAAUUGAAUCUCUUUUCUAUAGAAAGCAAUUUUUUCACCGGAAGAAUUCCCUAUGAAAUUAGUUUAUUGACACAAGUUCAAUAUCUUUACCUUAACGAUAACCAGCUUUCAGGUCACAUUCCCUCGAGCAUUGGGAACAUGCCAAAUUUGGGCUUACUUUACCUUUCAGAAAAUGACCUCUCAGGUACAAUACCUCCCUCAGUUGGGAAUUUGACAGAGCUGAAUGUGCUAGAGCUUUCAUACAAUAAUCUUAAAGGAUCAAUACCGCGAGAAAUUGGACGUUUAACAUCACUAGCUGAUAUUUCUGUGAAUGUAAACUUACUUGAUGGAUCCGAGACCUUAUCAAACAUUUGUAAUGUCACCUCCCUGGUAGGCAUUUCACUAGCAAUUAACAAACUGAAUGGAGUUAUUCAAGAAUGCUUGGGAAACGCCACUGCUCUAUAUUAUUUGGAUCUUAAGGAGAAUCAGUUUCACGGAGGUUUUCCAGACUCGCUAUGCAACGCACCCGACUUCCAAUCUCUUAGCUUGUCAAGCAAUUACCUGAGUGGUGAAAUCCCAAAUUGUGUGGGAAACUUCAGCAAUCAACUCUCACUACUCAGUCUUGCCAAUAAUCUUUUUCAUGGAGCUCUGCACAAAGAUUUCUGCGGUAGCUCAACCCCUUUCAAUGUACUUGACCUAUCCCAUAAUUCUUUGAGCGGUGUCAUUCCUUCAUGUUUAGGAAAUCUAAGCUCUACAUUGUCACUACUGGAUUUAAGCAUGAAUAACUUUCAAGGGAGCAUUCCAGAAGGCGUGACGAAAAAGGGCAAUGUUCUGCAAACUCUCAAGUUGAAUCAUAACGGACUUGGAGGACCUCUGCCCCGUACUCUGAUCAACUCUACAGAUCUCCAAGUCCUUGAUGUUGGAAACAACAGGCUAAAUGACUCAUUCCCACACUGGUUAGAUGCUCUUCCAAAUCUGGUAGUGCUCGUCUUAAGAUCUAAUCAUUUUCGUGGAGAGAUAAGCAAUCCUACCACCAAGUUCCCAUUCCCUAUGUUGCGAGUUUUUGAUCUCUCCCACAAUUACUUCACUGGACCCUUGCCUCAAUAUUACUUGUUGCAUUUUACUGCAAUAAUAAAUAAUACUAUUCCUUCUGGUUUAGAUGUAUCAUACUUUAAAGGCAAGGUAUCUUACACUUAUGAAUCCUCUGCAACACUAAUGGUGAAAGGGUUAGAGGCAUCCGUGGCUGACUGGCCAUAUACCAUCAUCACUGGGAAACCUAACUUUGCUCGAGGCAUUAGACAUGUCUUGCAAUCAACUGAUUGGGAAGAUUCCUUGGCAACUGUCAAAGCUUGGGUUUCUUGA